UCUUGACGGCUGUGGCUGGUAAAAAGCCUCCUCGUGUUGGAGCAGAGCAGCGCAGCCCCGGGGCUCGCUGCAGAGGAGGAGGAGGAGGAAGGUCGGCUUUGGAGAAGCAGAGCGGCGCUCCCUGGGGGAAGUGGUGGCAGAGGGAAGCUGAAGACACGCGUGCCUGGUGCCAUCUGUCCAGCCCCGCUCUUCUCUCUGGCACUGGCUGUCCUGUCUGGCCAGCAUGAGAAUGCAAGGACUCGGGCUAACUUUUAUUACUUUGCCUCUUGUCAUCCGCGCAGCCACGGGAGGUCAGUGGUGCUACGAUUCUCAGGAUCCUAAAUGCGGCCCCAGCCACUGGAAAGAUUUCAAAGCGACCUGUGGGGGAGAUAACCAGUCACCCAUUAACAUCGACAGGCGCAGGCUCCUUAGAGACAGCAACCUAGGAGAUAUCCUCUUUGAGGGCUAUGACCAGGCCCCUCCGGGCAAGUGGAGGCUCAUGAACGACGGACACACAGUGAUGAUGAGCCUGGAAGGAGAAUCCAUGAUGGAACAUAUCAACAUCACCAGUGGGGGCUUGCGUGACAAGUACCGAGCCCUGCAGUUCCACUUCCACUGGGGAAGCCUCACGGGGAACGGCUCGGAGCACACCAUCGAUGGACACCAGUACCCCAUGGAGAUGCACAUUGUCCACAUGAACAUCCAAUACAAAUCUAUUGCUGAAGCGAAGGGGCACCCGAAUGGGCUGGCUGUUCUGAGCUUUUUGUUCAAGGCGUCAGACACUGAUAACUCCAAUUACAACACAAUUGUGGCUGGCCUGAAGAACAUUUCUCGUGAAGGGGAUUUUGUGGACUUGUCAUCUACUUUUUGCUUGGAUAACCUUCUCCCCGACACAGCCCAGCUCUCCAAAUACUACCGCUACAAGGGCUCCCUGACCACACCUGACUGCUCUGAAGUUGUCAUCUGGACGGUGUUUGAGGAGCCCAUCCUUAUCAGCCAGUCUCAGCUAAAUGCGUUUGUGACCACAGUUCACUUCCCGGCCACUGGCUCAACUCUCCUGAAAAUGACCAACAACUUCCGGUCCCCACAGCCGCUCAAGAAUCGCAAAGUCUAUGGAUCCAGAGAUGCCACAAUCAGCCACAGUCCCGAGUGCAGUCCCAGCAUCCAUUUUCUCCUCCCUCCGCUCUUGGCUCUUCUGAUUGACCAAUUCUCAGGCCCCUCCUAAACUCAACCUCCUCCUGCUCCCAACCCAUUGCCCUUUGCCACCAGUGAUUCAUGAUAAUUUUAUUACGUCUUCACACCAGUGCUGCUACACAGUCAUCAUUUUUAGCCACAGGCCAGAAAACAAUGAUGUAAUUAGGGAUGGAUUAGUGAGGUGUAGGAAGAGAAAUGCUUGUUGUUAGUUAAAAUCUAAAACAUUAAGCCCACAAUCAUACAAGACUUCCCUCCCUGCUUCAUUUGAAACUCAUAGACUCCUCAUGUGCUUAAAGUUAAGCAGGGGUAUAUAUCUUUGCAGAAUUGGAGCCUAAAAACAAAUCACAGGACAGUUAGAAAUGGGACCUCUUUGGUUUUACCAGGUGCAAUGUAUUUGGGAUGACUGACAGUAUGACACAGAGCACUUUCUAUCUGAAUGCAAGUUAGCCAUGUCUAAAUUAUGUAUGAAUGAAACUGUAAUAAAUCCAGGGUUCUUACAUUUUG